AUGGACGUGAAAACGAAGGAAAAGAAGAACGCGGAGCCGUUAAGCCGCUCGGAGGUUUUCAGCCAGCUCCGGAGAGAACUCCAUGGACACCUUCAAUCCGAUCAUUCCAACAUCUUUAUCAUCCUGGGCGCCUCGGGAGAUCUUGCUAAGAAGAAGAUCUACUCAACCUUAUGGUGGUUGUUCCGCGAUGGGUUGCUUCCAGAAGACACGUACUUUGUGGGUUUCGCAAGAUCUAACUUAACAGUGGAGGACAUCAAGAUAGCGUGCCUGCCUUACAUGAAGGUGACUGAUGGCGAGGGUGAGCGCCUCUCCACCUUCUUCAGCAGGAACUCGUACCUGAGCGGUCGCUAUGACGACGCCGUUUCCUUUCGCAAGCUCGACGCUCAUGUGUCCUGUCUGCCCGGCGGAGCUGAGGCUAACCGGCUCUUCUACUUGGCGCUGCCUCCCACCGUCUACCACCAUGUCUGCACAAACAUCAGCGCCCAUUGCAUGAGCACCAAAGGUUGGAACCGUCUCAUCGUUGAGAAGCCUUUCGGACGGGACCUGCAGAGUUCCCAGGACCUGUCGGCACACAUGGCCUCGCUCUUUGCAGAGGAGCAGAUCUACCGCAUUGACCACUACCUGGGCAAAGAGAUGGUCCAGAACCUCAUGGUCCUCAGGUUUGGCAAUCGCAUUUUUGGACCGAUUUGGAACAGGAACAGCGUGUCGUGCGUGGUGCUAACCUUCAAAGAACCUUUCGGGACGUAUGGACGAGGAGGAUACUUUGAUAACUUUGGCAUCAUUCGAGACGUGAUGCAAAAUCAUCUCCUCCAGAUGCUCUGCUUGGCUGCCAUGGAGAAGCCCACCUCCACCGGGCCAGAUGACGUCAGGAAUGAGAAGGUGAAGGUGUUAAAAUGCAUCACUCCCGUGGAUGCGUCCCAGGUGGUGCUCGGCCAGUAUGUGGGGGACCCCGAGGGCGACGAUCUUGCCAAGUUGGGUUACCUUGACGACCCCAGCGUCCCCGAAGGCUCCCGCACGCCCACCUUUGCCACCGCCGUGCUUUACGUGAACAACGAAAGAUGGGACGGUGUGCCUUUCAUCCUGCGCUGCGGUAAAGCUCUGAACGAGCGCAAGGCGGAACUGCGGCUGCAGUUCACCGACGUGCCGGGCGACAUUUUCGCAAAUGAAUGUCAGCGGAACGAGCUGGUGGUACGCGUGCAGCCUGACGAAGCCAUCUACCUGAAGAUGACCACCAAGAGGCCCGGGGGUCACUUUAGCCCAGAGGAGACCGAGCUGGACCUCACCUACAGGAGCAGAUACAAGAACGUGAAGCUUCCGGACGCGUACGAGAGGCUCCUGCUGGACGUGAUCUGCGGAAAUCAGAUGCAUUUCGUGCGAAGCGAUGAGUUACGGGAAGCCUGGCGAAUUUUUACCCCGCUCCUCCACCAAAUUGAAGAGACGAAGACACGUCCCUUACCGUACAAAUACGGGAGUCGCGGCCCAAGCGAAGCAGACGAGCUGGUGAGGACGGCUGGAUUCCGCUACGAAGGGAAAUACAAGUGGGUGCAACCUCACUUGUGAGGCGCCACUAUUGGCACUUCUAGAAACAAUAAAGGUCAAUGAAAAUGUCA